AUGUCUAUUGAAGAAGCAGUUACGGAGGGCCAAGGACAUAUAGGAAAACAAAAAGGGGUAACCCACAAGCAAGUUAAUGAAGCUAGUACUAACCCCGAGGGUAAAGCACCGGCUUCUAUUAACAAAGGGAAAUCCAAGGCCACGGCUCAGUUGGACCUACACAAAGGGGCACUAGAGCCAGCGAAUAACAGUCAACAGAGACAAGGUCCACCCCCACCUAAGAAGUCUUGGAGCCAAGUGAGUGAAGAUGCCAAUUUUGUAGAGGCAUUUGAUUUUAGGAUGGAUAUGGAGGACAAAACAGAGACGACAAAGCCAGACAUGAAUGCCACUAGUAAUAAGGACGAGGGAAAAACCAUUAUAACCCCAUUGAGGGAUGUGGGAGGAUCCAUGGAGGUUCCACAACCUGGGAAAAGCCCACCUCAAACAGGAAAUAUGAUUGCCAAUAGCAGCAGUGUCGUCAAGUUAGUUGCAAACCUGUGUCCAAAUGGACCACAAAAUGAAACCCAGGUAACUACUAACAUUAUCAUUGCUAUUAUUGUAAGUGAUAAAAAUCAUACAGAGCAAUUUGCAAAGCCAAUUAUGUCCCCUAACAAAUUUGGAAGCUUAAAUAUGGACGGAGGUGAAAUUGUUGUGGAUUUAUCCUCUAUCCCUUGUACUAACAGUGGUAAUGCAGCUAUUAACAAGAGACAAGUGUUGGAGGUUAAAUCCAUUGGGCAUAAACCAGAGGUUGAGAAUUUGCCUGAAUUAGUGGAUCUUAAGUUCUCUGGUUGCCUAUUUACAUGGAGUGAUCGCAGAAUUGAAGUAGGGUGUAUUGUCAAGAAAUUCAAUAGGGUGCUGGUGAAUGAAGAAUGGAAUAUCAUAUUUCAACAAUUGGCUAAAAGGCCUUUCAAGUUCUUUAACUUCUUGGCUAAGAGGCUAGACUUUCUACCUAUGGUUAAACAGAUUUUGAGGGAACCCAUCUAG